UUGUGACUUUGUACCGUACACCAAACACCACCCAACCGCACUACUCACACUACUUACUCACUACACACUACACUACACUACACUACACUACACCACGCUACAGUAUACUACCUACACUAUACCAAGCCCAGGCUUGCUGCAUACACAUCCAUACACGUCCCGUACAUACCCUUACAUAUCGCCUGUUGCUGCAGAUUCCGUCAUAGCCUGAAGUUCGCGACAGGGCGUGCCAGCGGGACAAGUAAAUAGCUCUAGGUCAUAAUUCUGGGACCCGCGCGACAGGGCAGGAUUGACGCACUCGUCUGCAGCUAAGCCGCGCUCAGUUGCAAGCCCUACCACUUGCAACGUGUCAGAGGCAGGGACACAUCAUCUCUACCUUGUAACCAGCUGUGCGAGCUGGCAGUCCAAGAAAAUUUUACAAGAAGCUACCACCCGCUGCAGGUAGCCAAAUAUGUCGGAUUCCCCCCAAUCUCCUCCAAAGGACGUUGAGCCAGGUGUACAGUCACCCGACGAUGAAGCACAAAUGAACGACCCUCAGGACCCACACGGCUCUGGCCUUGCCUAUGAGUUCGAGGUAAAAGAGCAGGACAGGUGGUUGCCCAUAGCCAAUGUUGCCCGGAUCAUGAAAACCGCACUACCCGAGAAUGCUAAGAUCGCAAAAGAGGCAAAGGAGUGUAUGCAGGAGUGCGUGAGCGAGUUCAUCUCCUUCAUUACCAGCGAAGCAUCGGAGAAAUGCCACCAGGAGAAAAGGAAAACCGUUAACGGCGAAGACAUCCUAUUCGCCAUGACAUCUCUGGGCUUCGAGAAUUAUGCAGAAGCAUUAAAGAUCUACCUAUCCAAAUACCGAGAGCAGUCCCAGUCCAACCGGGGUGAAAACCAACAGAACAGGCCGAACAGCCAGGGUUACGGAGCCAGCGCGCCGAGCGGAUCCGGUGCUGCUGGAACCUCGGGAUUCCAAGGAAGUGACGGGGCGGGAGGUAUUGGUGAAUCAGGCGAAGGCUACAUUUACGCCCAGCCUAGUCACAACGGCGCGGCCGGCGAGACCUAUUAAGUUUUGCGCUCAGCGUCCGCAGACGAGAUAACCGGGUUAUAGAACCUCGACCUGAUUUCUAAUAUCUAGUUUGAGACGGUCUAUACUACUUUCAAGUGUGUAUAACUACUGGGAUUCUGAGGGUUUCGGCGCAUUCAUCCCCAGAUUGGUUCUUCGGAUCAGGGAUGAGUGUCCAUCUUUUACCCCUGUAUAUGGACUCGCAAUGGAUGGCGAUGGAAGGGGGACUGCGCGUUAAAAAAGGGUCUGGUUUCGCACUUUUCACUUCGAUAGAUUCCCCAAGGCGUUCUUCCCCCCCUAUUCGGUUCUCAACGCUUCUCAUGAUCAGUCUUGAGAUUCCGCGACAGUUUACAUUUGGCAGUUAUUCUGGCUUCACGAGCGUUGGAGAACAGACCAAUUCUCGAAGCAUUACAAGCUACCUAUAUAGCAUUAUUUCAUUAUGUUGAGAAACGAAUUUAUUUUAUUAUUUUCUUCGGUAUAUUCAAAAGGUUGCUACCAUGUUGGCUUAUAGCUAGCUAUAAACCCUCACAAAACAGAUUUUUAACAAGUAUUAUUACAGAAUUCUCAUAUGUCAUUUAUGAUUAUGAUAUUAAAGGCCAAAUGCUUUGGACACUAGUAAAAAGAAC